CGACACAACACUCAGUCAGCCAUAAGACAGGCCAUAGAGUCAACGGCCAUUCCGUUUUAUUCGUAACAAAUAUUUAUUUUUUUCGUUUCGCGCUAUAACAUCAGACACGUCUAACGUCAAACUUCGCGCCUAAUUUGAAUGAUAUAAACAUGGCCGCCGUUAACGGAAAAGAUUUGAACUCGGAAGCGGCAGUGCCGCCAUCUUCGCUGAUACGUCGCGUCAGUUCGCGUUCCAUACGUAAUUCGAUUUCCGAGGAGAAAGAGAACGGUGACGCUCCUCAGAAGGGCUCGUUCGUUGGUAAAUACAAAAAAGCUCCAGAAGCCCUGAAGAGCUUUAACUUGGCCGAUGCGGAAAGUGAACUUGAAGUGCCCGGAACGCCAAUGACGCCGAGGACUUCGACCACGCCUGGUCACGAGAACUGCACCUUCCACCAUGACCUGGAACUGGACCACAGACCGCCCACCAGGGAGGCGUUGUUACCGGACAUGGCUAACUCAUACAGGCUUCUACUCACCGGCCUAGGGGAGGACCCUGAAAGGGCAGGGCUCUUGAAGACGCCCGAACGUGCCGCCAAAGCUAUGCUUUUCUUCACGAAAGGAUACGAUCAAAGUUUGGAAGAGGUUCUAAACAACGCUAUCUUCGAUGAAGACACGGACGAGAUGGUGGUCGUUAAGGAUAUCGAGAUGUUUUCAAUGUGCGAACACCAUUUGGUGCCGUUUUACGGAAAGGUCUCCAUCGGGUACCUGCCACAAGGAAAAAUUUUGGGUCUCAGCAAACUGGCCAGGAUCGUGGAGAUAUUCUCCCGCCGUCUCCAAGUACAAGAACGUCUGACGAAGCAGAUAGCCAUCGCGGUGACACAGGCCGUACGCCCGGCCGGCGUGGCGGUCGUCAUUGAAGGGGUUCACAUGUGCAUGGUGAUGCGAGGAGUCCAGAAGAUCAACAGUAAGACGGUGACGUCGACGAUGCUGGGCGUCUUCCGCGACGACCCGAAGACCCGGGAGGAGUUCCUCAACCUCGUCCACUCUAAGUGAGGACGGCUUUUGACGUUGGACGGGCGCUCGUAACGUUAUUCCCAUGAUUUUAGUCAUAUUUGAUUAGAUUUUCAAAGAGGUUAAUUGCCGCGAAUUGAAAAGUGCCCGAUACAUUUUUCGGGUUGCUUCAGAACUAAGAUAUCCUGAUAUUGCGUUCUAUUAGAAACAAGUAUAACACAUCGGCAUUAACCCUUUUUUGUAUAUUUGUUUCUUUCUUUUUCCAUUUAACCCUCUCUUUCUUAUUUUAGCAGUGCAUCUCUCUCUAAUAUUAAUUUUAAAUCAAACACACACGAGAAUCAAUUCGUUACGAGCGUCAGUCAUUAAGCGGAAUGUGUUAUUAUUUAUGCUAAGAUAGCUUUUAAUGUAAUUUUCGAUUGUUUUAUUUUUAAUUUUGUCUUCCGUUCAUCGACAAGAGAUUUCAUUCACAAUCCUAUCACCUACACAAAAUGUUAAGGCGGCUUCGAACUAAAAAAGUAUUACUCGUGAGUUGAUAACUAGAUUUAUUAAGCUCACAAAGGACAAUACUAUAAUAU